AUGGCGGUGCAUCCCAAGUACCCAAAUCCCCGUAUCAGAGUGAUGGCUUCGGCCGAGCCACCGUCCUUCAUUCACCUUGAUCGCUGCGGCCCAAAGGCGGAGGGAAAACAGCCCGGCGCUUUUGACAAAAACUGCUGCCUGGCUGCGGAGAUAUCGCAAAGCGCGCCUUGCACGACUCGACGAUGCGGUCUCAGAGUCAGUCCCGCUGAAUGUGUUGAGACGGAGAACUGCACAACUGGGCAGAACUGCGAUGCGGAGUGCCAGGCGAGUGCGAGUUGA